GAAAUUCAUCUUGAAAUUACAAAGGCUGCUGGAGGAAUGGCCGUCACUGUUGAUCUGGACACAGACUGUGCUCAACUGGUUCUAGAUGUCGGAGCACUCACACUUGGGGAGAAGAAUAGAAAGAAAAUGAAGAGCCAUCACCUCAGAAAACGGGAGAAUGAAAACAUCUCUCAAGCUGUGUGUACUCUCCUGAACUCUGGAGGUGGGGUGAUCAAGGUUCAAAUUGAAAAUGAAGAUCAUAACCUCACCAGGGAUGGACUGGGACUGGAUUUGGAAGCCUCUCUUUUUCAAUGUCUGCCAUUUGUUAAUUGGCACCUAGACAUCACAGAGGAUGGAGGCUACGUUUAUAUCUUUGUAAAAUCGUGGAGCCUGGACUUCUUUGGGCUGCUGAUUGCCACCCUGAGAACCAAUUUGUACACCAGAAGCAUGUCAUCCUCAGUUGAAGUGAAUGCUGCUGCUGCUCUCGAGUUCCUCCAAGACCUGAAAGAAACUGGAGGGCGAUCCUGUGUGGGACCAGAGCUGCCUGCACAAAGAGUCUGCCCUGGAGUAGAAGAAGAGAGUCAUGUGGAGGACCUGGCUACUCCAGUUUUUAACAAGACACAAUUUCAGCACCAGGAAGACUUCCCCUUCUCCAGAUCCACCUUUGUUGAAGCUACAUUGCUUUCUGGGAAACAGCUGCAGAAGCGCAUUAAAGAGCUCAUCCCUCGACAUCUUUCUGCAUUUGCCAACACUGACGGGGGAUAUUUGUUCAUUGGUUUGGAUGGGAACGAACAGCAAAUCAUUGGUUUUGAAGCAGAGAGGAGCGAUCUUGAACAUCUAGAGAGUGAAAUAGACAAAUGCAUCCAACAGCUGCCUGUCACUCACUUCUGUGAGGAGCAGGAGAAGAUAAAGUACACAUGCAAGUUCAUCCCAGUCCACAGACCUGGAGCUGUGUGUUCCUAUGUCUGUACACCCAGAGUGGAGAGAUUCUGCUGUGAUGUGUUCUCUGCAGAGCCCAAUUCCUGGCACGUGGAAGACAGCUGUGUGAAGAGGUUUACCACAGAGGAAUGGGUCAAGAGCAUGAUGGAUGACUAACCAGGCUCUGUCACC